AAAGAAUGCACAGAACGUAUAUAACAAGCAGAAAUGCAUGAAAUAUCUGGAGUAUAACUAUUUUUACAAUAUUUAGGAAACAAGCCUUUGCGUGCGUUCUAUUUGUUAGUCGUAUUCGUAAAAAUAUAAAUUUGAAUCAACAUCCUGAGUUUACUGAUCGGUGUACGCGGAUCUAGCGAUUCAACAGUGUUUCCUCGUUGAUGGAAAUUGUUCAUCCAUUAAAACCAAUGUCUCGCGCUUUGAAAAUAUUCAAGAUAUUCGAUUUUCCUUAAUCACUAAUCAAAGUCAUUUAUCGCGAGAUUGCGAUUUUACGCCAAGGGAGCGGCUGAGUUGUUAAAAAGUUGUAACGAGCUGAACGAAGCAAGACUUUUCGAUUGUUCCAAAGGGUAAGCAAGUUUUAAUUGGACCGGCAUGUUUUCACGGGCGGCCGGUUAUACCUGGGGAAUCGGUAAUCGAGGCGAUUCGAGAGCUUAUUUGCCGAAGGUGUUAGUUACGCGAGAAAAGUCACGUUUGCGGGAAUUCAAUGCGAUUGCGAUUAAACGCGGCCUGUUUGCCCGUGUACACGGCGAAUAGACAAGCUGCCUGCUGCACAACCACUGACCACUGUACGCAACAUUAGCCCGCCCCUGUACCCCGAUAAUUUACCAUCCGGCCCCCUUGAUAAACGCGACUGCAUCAGAAUGAAUUUGCUUGUUAUACAGUCGUUCCCGUAGUUUCCCGUUCCAGACGAUAUAUUAACAGUCAAUUAACCGUUCGAUCUCUCACGCAGUCGACUUAUUGUCGAUAACUUAAUGUUCUUUCGAUUUGCUCGAAUGGUUCAUGGACGAUCAAAUGGUUCUCAACAUCUUCUGACUACCCUUUGGUCCAUUAAUGUGAUAAAUUGCUUUUGAAUAUGGGUUGUCCGAUAGAAGGUGUAAGAUCGACGAUUUAAUAUGCUUCAAGAUGGAGAUGGUGGAUAAGAGAUUAGCAAAUGGAGAUGCGAAUAAUUGGGGAACUUUUUAACGUGUUGCCUUUUAUCUCAUUCUCGUUGUUUGCGUCUAUACAUCUUUUUACAUGAUCCUUUUGAAUUUUUACUACGUUAUCGUGCGAAUGAUUGAUACGUCAAAUUAUCAAGCUCGUUUUACGACCUUGACAAAUAUUUUUGAAAUUAUUUUACGUCAGAUUAAGAUUAUUUUUCUGGAUGAGUAUACGUAUAAUCUUAAGUGAUUAUUUAUGGGAGGCGAAUCGAAAGUAAAAGCGAUAAGGGAAUAAUAAGCAGUUUUAUCAGUUUUGAAGGAUGAAGGUGUUGCUAUAAAUAAGCUUCUUUGAAAGAUUACCUUACAUUUGGAACUACCGUCGAGGAAAGGCAUAAAACAUGUCUCGUGUUAUUGUUCUUCUCUUAUUCAUUGUCGUUGUUUAUGUCAGCUCGAUCAACGCUGGCAUAAUCUGUCCACCUAACCAAGUGUUCAAAAUUUGUGGUACCGCGUGCGAGCCUCGAUGUGGAAUACCCCAACAACCAAACUGUAUCAGCAAAUGCGUGACGGAUUGUCAAUGCAUAGACGGAUACUUAAAGAAUUCGCUGAACGAAUGCGUCUUGCCGGACGAAUGUUGAGAUUUACGCGUCGUAUAAUUUAUUGAUUUAUUAAAUUAUUGCCGGCCAGCGAAAAAGAAGUUGUGUAACUUUCCACGAGAGAAAAUAAACGAUCGCCUUUCUCGAUAAC